UAUCGAAUACACAUCGAUUUUGUCUCCAUCUCUAGUGCAACCGACGCGGACGAAAGAAACUUAGUAAAUUAAUUAAUUAACCAUCCAAUGCAGACAUCACACCCAACUUACAUAGAAAAUGCCGAAAAAGACUGAAUUUCACACCGCGCAAGUGCAAGUGCAAUAAAUGGCGAGCUCGCCGAAUAAAUGAACGCAAUAUAGAAAAAAUUGAGACACACACGAAAAAAAAUAUAUAUUCGCUGUUGUGUGGAAAUGCAAAUGAUUUAUUUUCGUGCAACAACAACAACGCCAACAACAGAGGAGCAGCAUAUGAGGCAAAAAUAACAAGAAAAGCUAAAUAUGAAUCUGUGUGUGUGCGGGUCGCGUUAAAGAAAAUUAGAUAAAAAGCCAAAUUAGCUCACGCAUGAAUUUCGAGUUUCGGUUCGGCGCAAGGUGAACGAAAAGGCGAAACGCAAUCAAAACAGUUUUUCCAUUUUCCCAGUGUGCGUGUGCAGUAGGAAAACCACCUGCAUUGAUUUAUAUGUAGUUUUAAAAAAAUAACAACAAAAAACACAACGGAACUUGCACCUAGGAUAUAUACACACACAUGUCGACUGUAUGCGCGUGUGUGUGUGCAUGGCCGUAAAGGCUGACUGAUAAAAAAGAGAAAAAAAAAAACAAGAAAAAUAAAACACACACACACCAACGCAGCGGGACACCAAUACCACGGCACCAUUUCUUGGAGGCAGCCUGCCAUCCUCAAGCACAAGAAAGCCAUUGCCGGAGCCACCGGAAAGGCGAAGAACCUGAACCUGGCGAGGAUUGCAGGGACCCUGAAGAAUUGUAGACACAUUCGUGCCGCCAAUAGAAUCCUUCCAAUGUCAAAUAAAAUCAACCCGAAACGCCGCGAACCGACAGCAGCAGCAGUAGCAGGAGCCGGGGCCACGGGAGUGGCCACCAACACGAGCUCGACUGGAUCCUCCAGUGCCGGCAACACGUCCUCGGCCAACACAUCCUCGUCGUCCAGCUCGUCGCUGUCGUCCGCCGGUGGCGGUGAUGCGGGUAUGUCCGCCGACUUGACCUCGCUGUUCGAAUGCCCUGUGUGCUUUGACUAUGUGCUGCCGCCAAUCCUGCAGUGCUCUAGCGGGCAUUUGGUGUGCGUUUCCUGUCGCUCCAAGCUCACCUGCUGCCCCACCUGCCGCGGUCCUUUGGCGAAUAUCCGAAAUCUGGCAAUGGAAAAGGUUGCCUCUAACGUGAAGUUCCCGUGCAAGCACUCCGGUUACGGAUGCACCGCUUCGCUUGUUUACACAGAAAAAACGGAGCACGAGGAGACAUGCGAGUGUCGACCCUACCUGUGUCCGUGCCCGGGCGCCAGCUGCAAGUGGCAGGGCCCGCUGGACCUAGUCAUGCAGCAUCUGAUGAUGUCGCACAAGAGCAUCACGACGCUGCAGGGCGAGGACAUCGUGUUCCUGGCCACCGAUAUCAACCUGCCCGGCGCCGUCGACUGGGUAAUGAUGCAGUCCUGCUUCGGCCAUCAUUUCAUGCUCGUGCUGGAGAAGCAGGAGAAGUACGACGGCCACCAGCAGUUCUUCGCCAUCGUUCAACUGAUUGGGUCGCGCAAAGAGGCGGAGAACUUUGUGUACCGCUUGGAGCUGAACGGAAAUCGACGAAGGCUCACCUGGGAGGCCAUGCCACGUUCGAUCCACGAGGGCGUGGCCUCGGCGAUUCAUAACUCGGAUUGCCUGGUGUUCGACACGUCGAUCGCGCAAUUGUUUGCUGACAAUGGCAACCUGGGCAUCAACGUGACCAUAUCCCUGGUCUAAACGCACUGUCAAUUCGCCGAGUUCUAAAACUUAUUUGUGUUUACUUUUCCGAUAUAUAUAUAUAUAUAUAUAUAUAUUAUAUGUAUAUGUAUAUAUACAUACACUUAGUUUAGAGCCCUUGUUUGCAACAGUCGUUUAACUCUUGGACAUAUUUAUGAGAAGGGAGAUUAAGAUGAGAGUGUUUUUUUGCAGAGUUGUUUUAUAAAAAUGAUUCUCUAUUCUAAGAGCCACUUACAUGCAUAUGUAUAUAUAUAUUUGGAAUUAUGGAGCCUGUUUCGGUUAUCACAUUCGGCUAGAUUUUGCAAAAGUUUCUUUGAUAUUUAAAUUAAGCGACAUUUUGUAUGUUAUGAUUACGCACAUAAUGUCUUUUUCGUUGUGAUUUUAAAACUUGGUCGAAACACUAAAAUCUUUCCAAAGCGUAAUGAAAUGUUCAUGUAGUUUAAGUUUAAAGCUCUCUAAAUGUUUACUGGACAAGUUUUCUUUUUCCGUUAACAUGGCUGUAAGUAAAACAGCUAAUUUGCCAAAAAUAAAAAUAAUCGUUAAAUACUCUUGGCGAGACUUCGCGGAUCUUCUCAACAACGGUUAACUAAACUUUUGGUGAAUGUGAAAAUCGGGACAGGCCUGUAUGUUUGUAUGUCUAAACGGCUCGAUUGGUACUCUAGUUCUAGGACUUGAUUUUUCAGUUACCGCACACACACCCACACACAUAUACACAUUAUAUAUAUUUGAACGUUUCAGUGUUACCCGGUUUGUUAGCUCGUGGGUUUCUGCUUUAGUUUAAUUUAGUUCGUAAGGGUCACACACCUGGAGCAGAGCUGCCUGCGCGUGCCCACGUGCCCACCACCCACUACAGUGAACACUAUGAAUACAGACCCACUCAGCACAACAGCAAGAACAAGAAAAACAAGAACAGCAGCAAGAAAGGCAAGAAGGUCACUCAUCACACUCGAACAUAUUGUACUGCAAAGUCUAGUUUAGUUAAUGUAAAUUAUUUUAUACAAUACUUGUAAAUGGUAAUAAGUAAACGAACAGUUUAACGAAAUUAACAAAACCUAAUAACAAUAACAUUAGCAGCAAAAGCGAAACAACAAAGAAAAGUAAUAAUAAUAAUAAUCUGUAAUAACUCGAGAGUUGUUUGAAAGUUGCAGCCUAAACGAAAAUGCGACCCGCAAGUUUGUUCAUGCCAAAAUCAUUACAAAAAAAAUAACAAAUAUCCAAAAAAAAAAGAAGUAAUUUUUUUUCGCAAUGCUAAAAAGACAGUUUGCCCCCUCAACCCCAUAUUUUCCCCACCCAUCCCGAAACGUAAAAAGAAGCAAUGUUAAUCUUUAAAUUUCCUACCUAGUUUAGACGAUCUCCCCGGUCCGGCUCAUGUUUUUUGGUUUUGAUUUCUUUCGGCCAACGUUUCCCAAUCGAAAAACGGAAGAAAAAUAAAUGAUUUUAAGCAUCUGCACCGUAAUUAGCUUUUAAUGCGCCGAUUUACCGCGCCACUACCAUACGAGAUCACUCACACAGACACAAAACUACAGAAGUGAAAUAAACGUGAUUAGUAAAAGUAAAAAAAA